CGUAGACAAACUCGGCGACAGAGCAGCUGCGGGAAAGUGUUCGCGCCUCUCGUUUCAAACUCCCAUCUUCACCAACUUUGUUGCUGUAAACCACCCACAAAGAAUACUAAAGGAUGGCGAAGGUGGAUUCUGGUGGUGGGCAGAAGGAGUCAGAGCCCACAUUCGACUGCAUGUUCAAGAUCCUGAUCAUCGGCAACAGCAGCGUGGGGAAGACCAGCUUCCUGUUCCGCUACGCUGACGACUCCUUCACAACAGCCUUCGUCAGCACCGUGGGCAUCGACUUCAAGGUCAAGACCAUCUACAGGAACGACAAGAGGAUCAAGCUCCAGAUCUGGGACACUGCAGGACAGGAGCGGUACAGGACCAUCACCACGGCGUACUACAGAGGAGCCAUGGGCUUCGUCCUCAUGUACGACAUCACCAACGAGGAGUCCUUCAACGCCGUGCAGGACUGGGCCACGCAGAUAAAGACGUACUCGUGGGACAAUGCCCAGGUGGUGCUGGCGGGGAAUAAGAGUGACCGAGAGGGGGAGCGAGUCAUCACUCCACUGAGGGGGAGGAGCCUGGCAGACCAGCUGGGGUUUGAGUACUUCGAGACGAGUGCUAAGGAGAACACGAACGUGAGGCAGGUGUUCGACCGGCUGGUGGACGUCAUCCUCGUGAAAGUGUCACAGGGCGGAGAUGUCGAUCCGUCAAUCACCAGCGGCGCCAAGGCAACAAGACUCACAGACACACCUCCCGAACCUCCCAAGAAAUGUGCCUGCUGA